AUGACAAAGAAGGAAGUAAAAUCGAGGUUUAGGAGCAGGAAUGUACUGUGUGCUCUUAAUUCUGAGCAACCUCGAACAUCGACGUCUCCAAGAAGGGAGCCUAGAGAUGCACAGGUGAAUGCAAUUGACGGGUCGGAGCCAUUUCGUGGUAAACCGGGUUCAGUUUCUUUUCUGGGGCUCACUCACCAAUCGGUUGAAGAAAGUAAAUUGGUAUCAGCUCCUGUGGAGGAAAAUGUAGGGUCUUUUGUUUGGGUAUUGGCCCCUGUUGCUUUGAUCUCAUCUUUAGUGCUCCCGCGGUUUUUUCUUGGCAAUGCUGUUGUAGACCUCUUCAGGGAUGAGCUCCUCUCAGAAAUUAUUUCAUCACUCGCUUCUGAAGUCAUGUUUUAUAUUGGGCUUGCAACAUUUUUGCGUGUCACUGACCACGUCCAAAAGCCAUAUCUGCAAUUUAGUGCAAAGAGGUGGAGCCUAAUAACAGGGCUUAGAGGAUACUUAACCUCCGUUUUCUUUAUUACGGGCUUUAAGAUUUUUGCCCCUCUCUUAGCCGUUUAUGUUACCUGGCCUGUGCUUGGCUUACCUGCAUUGGUGGCAGUAGCUCCCUUCUUAGCUGGCUGUUUGGUGCAAUUUUUAUUCGAAAAGCGUCUUGAAAGCCGCGAGUCCUCCUCCUGGCCCCUAGUUACCAUCAUCUUUGAGGUUUACAGGAUCUAUCAGCUUACCCGAGCAGUUCAAUUUAUUCAGACCUUCAUGUUUGCGAUGAAGGAUGCACCCAUUACCCAACAAUUGCUAGAAAGAAAUGGUGCAUUGGUUUCUUUGAUAGUGACUUUCCAAAUAUUAGGUGUGUUUUCCCUGUGGUCAUUGUUAACAUUUCUCCUGAGGCUGUUUCCUUCCAGACCGGUUGCAGAGAACUAUUGAAGUAUGGGGAGGAUUUGUUAUCAUUUCACUUUACCCUGCUCUUGUGCUUACAACUCAGGAGUGUUGUAUGGCAGUUCGCGGAAACUUCUUUCAAUCCGAGCGUUAGGCUUAGUGCCUCUUCCCUUCCUGUCACAGGUUAUUAAGGGUACUUGGCAAUUUUGGCAGUCCACAGUUGUUUACUUCUUGGUUCACUGUUUUCACACAAAUUUCCAGGAAAUCGGCGUCCGAGAAAGAAUGAACGAUCAAAAAUGGUUUUCGCUCAAGCAAGAGAAAGAGACAAAUUGUUCUUGUACGAUCUAGAGAACAAGUCAGUGGUCAUUAUCAGCCAUAGGUUAACAAGGUUUUAAAUUUUUUGGUGGAAUAACCAACGAAUAUCCCUUUGGAAAAAGCAGUCCUCUUACUUUUCAUGUACAAUCUCACCAUCGAGCUUAAUAGCUAACAAGAUUCAAUCUCUUGUCAUUUA